GUGCCGGCGGUGUGGGCAGCACCUGGGAGCGCAUCACCCGCCACAAGGCCCCCGUGGUGGAGCCGCGCGAGUCGGCUGCCUUCGGGGCCGCCAUCGAGGAGUUCCGGGCCAAGCUGGACGACCCGGCCACCCAGGGAGCGGUGUUCUUUGCGGUGUGCAGGGGCAAGGUGAGUGAGGGCCUGGACUUCAGCGACCGAGCCGGCCGGGCGGUGGUCAUCACCGGCAUCCCCUACGCGGUCAAGAACGACCCCAAGGUUCGUUUGAAGCGGGACGUGUUGGACGAGGAGGCUCGGCUGAUCGCCAGUGGCGGCGGGCUGGCGGGGGAG